GAAGGCGUGAAGUUGAAGCCCCCACCACAAUACCCAGAACCAGAAAAGGACUUCAAAGCCAUUUAUUUUGUUUUUUUAUUUUGUGAGACCGCGAAUCAGAGUAACACAAUUAGUGAGCAGCAAAGGAAUCCAAAAUCAUCCAUGGUUAACAACGCCCGUCUGGAUGCCCUCAAUGUCCGUGUCCUGGGCACCGGCGACCGCGUCCUCGUCCUGGCCCAUGGAUUCGGCACCGAUCAGUCCGCUUGGCAGCUGGUUUACCCCUCCUUCACUCCCUACUACCGUGUCAUCCUCUACGACCUUGUCUGCGCCGGCAGCGUCAACCCCGACCACUUUGAUUUCUCCCGCUACACCACCCUCGACGCCUUCGUCGACGAUCUCAUCUUCAUCCUCGAUUCCCUCGAAGUCCAACGUUGCGCCUUCGUCGGCCACUCCGUCUCCGCCAUGGUCGGCAUCCUCGCUUCCAUCCGCCGCCCUGAACUCUUCACUAAGCUCGUCCUAAUCGGCGCCUCCCCAAGGUUCCUCAACGACGGCGACUACCAUGGUGGGUUCGAGCAGAGCGAGAUUGACCGGGUCUUCGCCGCAAUGAAGGCCAAUUACCAAGCCUGGGUCAACGGCUUCGCCCCUCUCGCUGUCGGUGCCGAUGUUCCCGCCGCCGUCCAGGAAUUCAGCCGAACGCUCUUCAACAUGAGGCCUGACAUUUCCCUCUUCGUCUCCAAGGUCAUCUUCAGCAGCGAUCUCCGGGGAGUCCUCGGCCUCGUCAAAGUCCCCUGUUGCAUACUUCAAACCGCCCAAGACGUGUCCGUUCCAGCCUCCGUUGCCAUCUACCUGAGAGACCACCUCGGCGGCCGGAACACCGUGGAGAUGCUGGACACCGAAGGCCACCUGCCCCAUCUCAGUGCCCCUCAGCUACUCGUCCGCAAACUCCGGCGUGCCCUUGCUCGGUGAAUCUCUUCUCUGACUGGCCCCACCGCCAUUACACGGAUUUAAUUAUAUAAAAGAAUUUAAAUUUCCUUUCUGGGGGUUUCGGUGGCGUGGGUGUGGUGGUUGUAUUUGACAAUUAUACCCUUCCGCCAAGUUUGAUGGACGAUCAGUCGCUGGAAAUGGAAGAAAUCGAGUGGUCCAUAAUGAGACACGUGGGCGAAUAAAUAUGUGGAAGCUAGUUAGUCUUUCCAUAUGUAAAAGGAUAAGAAUUCUCCACGUCAACUCCACGUGAUCAUGUAUCCUAUCGUCCCACCCCAUAUCUUUACUUCUUUUACAUUUUCUUCUUUGCUGUUUUCUUUAACCUUUUUUUUUUUUUACCCUUACGCUAAGAAAUAAAUUCGGGAUGAUUUUCAUUUUUUUACUUUUAA